CUGAUGAUGUGUCACACUGUGACUCUGUGCUGCCUGGUCUCACGGAGGAGGCCAACGCCACAACGAUGGAGGGCGUGGCGAGCACUGACGCCGCGCCUGUUCAGCGCCUGGCCGAUACCCCCAGCCUGGAGUUUCUUGAGGAGAGAGCUGUCUCUGCUGAAGUAGCCAUAACACCAGACGGAGACAUGCAGCAGAGACCCCCCACGGUGCCCAAGCUGGCCUGGGUGAAGGAGGAGGAGAAGGAGGAAAGCCCUAGGGCUGCUCCAGCACAGCAGCCUGAAGAGGUGCAGCAGGUGCAGCCCCCGCAGGAGGAUGCAGGCCAGGAGCGGACAGAAGAGCAGCUCCGUGCCCGUGGCCGCUUCCGCAGGGCACUGGUUUGCAGAUUUAUCUGGUGCAUUUGGCAUGAAGAGGCCACUUUCAUGGCCACUGGGGACACGGCAAACUCGGACCUCUUCAAUGCCCAGACCAGCGCUGCCCUGCUGGAUUUGCUUGUGGAGAACGGUGUCUUCAGAGCAAAGCAAAGUGUGGUGGCAAGGGGAGCACUUCUUGGGGGAAGCUGGGCAAGUUACUGGCUCUGGCAGCUCUCCAACUGUCCCCCAUGUCCCCUCCAGGUGCCGGCCAUAGUCAGGUGCAUCCACCAGUGGCUCACGUCCAAUGUGUCUGCUGAGCACAGGCUGGACAAGACUCUGGUCCUGCUGACCGAGGCACACCCCACGGAUGUUGCAGUGACCCUGCUGCGCUCUGCCCCAGCCUGUGACAGAGCUGCUCGCACCAUGUGGAAGACGCUCAUCUCCUCCAGAUGGACUAAGGAGCCGGUGCUGCAGAUCCUCUUCCGUGUGCUGGAAUACUGGCCAGCGCACAGGAGACGCACCUCUGAUGGGGAUGAGAGGGAUGUCUUUGCCCUGGCUGCAACUGUGGCACUCUGGGAGAUCCUCCAGCUGUCCCACUCCUGGUGCCCAAGUGCAUUGAAGGACAAUUUCCCGCGCCUCCUUCUGACUCUGCUCUUCCAAGUUUUCAUCAGCACAGAGGAGAUGUCAGAGGAGGUCGAGACCUUCUGGAGGCGAUGCCGGGAGCAGCGCAGCCUUCCCCCCAACCCCAACAGGUUUGCAGUGCAGACUGUUAAAGCCCUGCUGCGCCAGCUGCUGGAUGAGGACAUGUUGAUGGCGAUCGGUCGCAAGUGUGGCUGGGACAUGCUCCUCAAGGCUGACAGCCACCACUAUGCAGUGGGUCUGCUGGCCAGGGAGCUGUGCCGUGUCUCCUGCUCCUUCGGUCGCCGCAUCGCCGUCAGCCUGCUCCCGCGGCUCAGCAGGGGAGAGCCCCUUUGGGAACUGCCUGCCCUGGCGUUCCUGGUGGAGGUGAGCCUGAUGGCGAGCGCUGCCUGGCCCAGCUGCCUCCCCCUCUCUGCCCUCUCACAGCCGCAGCCGCCCGGGACGGUGCCUGCACCCUGUGCUGCUGCCUGGGCCCAGCCCCGGGCGGGUCCGGGCUCCUGCCAGCCGGGUACCCCGUCACUGCUCCCUGCCUUUCAGGUCCUGCACUGCCUGAACCCCAGACAAUUUGGGCCCAGCGUCCUGCAGAUUAUUUCCAGGCACCUGCGCAGUCAGUGCCCGGAGAGGCGUCGCCUGGCACUCCGAGGCCUGGUGGUGCUCAGCAAGGCUCCCUCAAUGGUGAGCAGGGGGCAGGGGCUGAAGCUGGGCCGGCAGCGUGAGGCUGUGCAAGGCAGUAGCUUGGUCUUGGCUGGCCUUUGGUAG